AUGGAUUCCACUCUGCAUGCCUUCCGGGUGCACGGCGCUGCCCUGUAUCACUGGAUGAGCUACGUGGCCUACGUCAUCUACUCCUGUCUGUUCUUUGCGUGCGAAGUGAUCGCGGGUGUGCUCGAAAUACCAACCAAUGCUCCGCAGUACGACGCGCUCACGCAUCAGGCGAACUGCACUACCUCCUACGAGGAAUGGCUGCCCAUUGCCUCCACGCUGGACGACAUGGACGGCUUUCAGAAGUGGCGCACCGACGAGGCGUCGACAUACUUCUCCUUCGAGGGAGUAAUGCGGACGAUAGAGGAGUUGUUGGAGCUGCGUACCGCCGGCAGCGUGGAGGCACUGUUGGACGAUCUUCAGAAGCAUGUGCACCGUUCCCUCUACGGCAUCAGUCAUCGUCGGUUGUACUCGUACAGAACUGGCAGCAAGACGGUCAUUCACUCGUAUAACUCGCUUGUUUGUUUUCUUUUGGGCCGCGUGGGUGAGGCAGCACGGACUGACCGACGGCUGGCCGUACGCACACGAGAGGUAUUCUCGGAGAUGUAUCAUGUUUACGGUACAACCGCACUACUGUUGCAGGGUGGCGUGCUUGCGUCAUCGGCCCACUUUGGUGUGGCAAAGGCGCUGUAUGAUGCUGGACUGCUCCCCGCUGUCUUGUACGGCAGUGGCAGCGGCGCGCUGGUGGCGACGCUGGUGUGCUGCUGCACCGACUUGACCUCGCUCUUUCACCACAGCGGCGGCGGAAGCAGCUUCGUGGAGGCGCAUGCGCUAUUCGGCAUGUCCACCGCUGACUCCCGGUGGAAGCACUUUCACCGGCUGCUGCACACUGGCGAGGUGUGCGACCCAGUUGCCCUUGCUGACUUUCUACAGAGAACUAUCGGGGAUGUGACCUUUGCCGAGGCGUACGCACAAACCGGGCGUGUGCUGAACAUCCCGUUUGUCGCCGUGUCGUCAGUGCUGCCGCGUAGAAAAGCUGACGUGGACGUUCAGCUGUUGAAUUAUCUUACAUCUCCUGAUGUACUUAUUCGCUCUGCGGUGAUCUGCGCCAUCUCUUCCCCCUCGACGCUGCUACCCGUCUCGUCGUCCUCCUGUGGGUCGUCGGCAGGUGCAGCACCACCCACGCGCACGCUGCUCGCGCGGACACGACUGACUGGCACUAUUGUUGCUUACGAGCCUCCUGUGGUGCAUGAAAGCUAUUCCUGCUCCUGGGGCGACCACGCCGGCUAUGGGGCGCUGGACCCGCUGCAGCGAAUGAGGGGACUCUUCUGCAUACGGUUUUGUGUCGUAUCAGAUGCGUCGGUGCGUGGGUAUCUGUGGCAGCUGCUGCACCAGAGCGCCUACGGGGACGGACUUCGGCAUCAUACGCGCAUGUGGGACUGGGCACGCUACUUGUUUGCCCUGUACUUCCUCGGGCUGGCGCAUGUGUUACUGCGUCUGCUUGCGUGGAUCGGCUACAAUGCCAUUGCAGCACCGUCGCCAACUUCCAUGCGGACUUUCUUCGAAGAUGAUGAGAGCGAGAACGUACGCGUGCAUCCCAUCUCGAGCGUGUGGUCGUAUCUGCGGCUGUGCUACAGCCCGACAACGGCGAACAUGCAGGUACUGGUUCUAGAAGCGGAACGGCAAGUCUGGCCGAGACUGGAGCAACUGCGCAUGUCCAUCUCUGUCGAACAAGCCCUUGCAGCCACGUUGAAGCGGCUUCCCGUUUCCAGGUAA